UCAAGCUUCGGAGCAGCGUUCUCAGGAGCUUCCACUGCCACUCUCUUUAAUGCUUUUUGACGCAGCAUGACUACAGAAAAUUUGAACAAGAGUCCACAGAAACCCGAACCUGGGUCUGACAGCGAGAGCGAGGAUGUCUUCCACGAUGCACGGUUCCCCGCAGAAGAAGAAGCUCGCCUCUUGAAAGAAUCCCACGAGAUUAAAACGGAAGCCAACAAACUGUUUACGGCUGCCUGCUAUGAUCAGGCUAUUUCCUGCUAUGACCGUGCCCUUGCCUCGUGCCCCAAUUACCUGGACUAUGAAGUUGCCGUUCUUCGAAGCAACAUGGCCGCAUGCUACCUGAAGCUGGAAGACUGGAAGGCAGCUGUCGACUCUGCAACUACCUGUCUUGACCGUCUGGAAAACAUCAUUCCAAUGUCUCCUCAGCAGAAUCCGGAUAAAGAUCAAACGAAACAACACCCUCAAUUGUCAGAACAGACAGACGCCGUGGUCGAGAUUUCCGGUGAGAACGAAGAGGGAGAGGAGGAGGAGCUCAAACGGUUACAGAAAAUGGACGAGAAAAGGAACGACGUGAUGCGUAUUCGGGCAAAGGCGCUUAUGCGACGUGCACGAGCGAAGAGCCAGCUCGGCGGCUGGGGAAGUUUACAAGGUGCCGAAGAGGACUACAAAGCGCUUGCUGGGAUGGACAACCUACCAGUAGAGGAUAAGCGGGUUGUGCAGGGGGCUCUUCGCGAGUUGCCCGGGAGGAUAAACCAGGCACGGGAGAAGGAGACGGCGGAGAUGAUAAGUAAAUUGAAGGAUCUCGGAAACGGCAUCCUCAAGCCGUUUGGAUUAUCGACGGAUAAUUUCAAAUUCGUCCAAGAUCCUAAGACUGGUGGCUACAGCAUGAAUUUUCAAUCAUGAUCAUAAUGAAGAGGCCAAACUUCCCAAUCAUUGAAAGCCGCUUCCUUAUUGCCUCCUUGUGGAUGUAGAAUCGCUAUAUAGCGUGGAGGCGCGACUGGGAAGAGCCUAUAUUCCCCUCUCCUCGUAUAUACACUGUCUUCGUAGGAUAAGGCAUCGAUACUUCAG